CAAUCUUAUUCAAUCAAGUACUGAGGGGAAAUUAAUGGCUCAAUGGGUGUACUCUCAAAGAGGAUGCAGAUUCCCACCCUCAAUGAAACUUUUCUGAGAGAUUUUCAUGACAAAGAGAAAUUUCCUCAAAGAAUUUCGAAGAAGAAAGGAUUUGAGAUGAGUCUGUAUGAAGGUAUUCAGCCUAAUUCAACAAUACGGAAGUCCAGCCCAUAUGGGCAUCUAUACCCUACUAUGAGCAUUUACAAGCCAGUUCAGAAACAGUACCAAAGUUAUGAUACACAACAGAGGAAAUCGUUAGAACGACGAACUAUUGAGUUAUCAGAUGGUAAAGUGGUCAUCAACAAUUCUUCCUCAGUUAUGGACAUCAAGCAAGCUAUGCCUAAAAAGAAAGGCAGAAAAGCUCAUUCAAAUUUACCAAAAAUCAAAGGGAUUGACUGUGGGAAUAAGGCUCUGAACCACUUCGAUACAAAAAUUCUAAAGCAAACCCACAAGAAGCGGCUCAAGAAUAGGUCAGAAGUAAUGAAAAAGAUUGUUGAUGCUAAAAAGAUAAAAUAUCGGAAAUAGGAACAACGCUUCUUCCAAACAGCAUAUGUACAGUAAAGCCAAGAUUUAUUUCAAGUCUCCGAACGAGAAGAAGCCUUCAUCUGAGCUGGAUUAUUUGAACAUUUUUACAUUUGAAAAUGCAAACAAAUCACCAAAAUUAAAAUUUUUAAAACUUGAAAAGUACCCGCAAGUGGCUGGAUUUGGCCUAAACAAAACAUCAUCUACGAAGAACAAGAUUAAUGAGAUGAUGUCCAAAAUUGUCAAGCGCAACAAAGGGAUUACUAAUAAUAGUUAUGGAAGUUCAAUGCAUAGUAAGAAGAAAAAGGGCAAACUAAUGACUCCUAAGAUUGACAAUAGCUCUGCUUAUAGCUCAUAUUCUGAGAUACCUAAUGUGCCUAAAUCACGUCCAGCAGUACCUGAUAUGAUGAGUCCUAAGAUAUUUAUCAAUAAUAGUAUGAAUGAAGAUGAUUGUGAUGAUACCGAAUACCAAGAAUUACAGUGAGAAUACACAUCUUUGCAGAAGGAAGGCCAUGACGUUUCGAUUAAUGCUCUUAUCAGCUCCAAUGAGGUCUCUGAGAAGGUCAAGAUCACUCCAUGCUCUAAGAAGAAAAAGCCGAAGAAGUAUAUCAAUGUAUCUAUAAAACUAUAACAAUUAUUUCAAUUUUUAA